CGAAUCAGUGCGCAGUUAUAUCUGCGGUUAUCAGCGGCAACAGCUAUCUCCAGAUUCUGGGAAGGGUAGUUAGAACUUCAGAGUUUCAAGUCAGUCUGAAAAGUGAAUAGCGUCUAAUUUGGAAGAAAUUCGAAUGUUUUUUUUUGUUUGUUUUUUAAUUCCGGCUGUUUUAAUAAAAUAGCUAACCUGUCGUUGGGACGCUCUUCUGGAUCUUCAUGCGUGCGUAGCCCCAUGCUUCUGAGUUGUAUCAAGUCUACUCAACGAGGCUGACUCACUUUAUCAACUGGCUGUCCUUAUCUGGAGUGGAUGUGCCCAAGCCGACGGUCGUGGAGAGAUUUUAUUCAGAUUUCAUCAAACAGCUGAGGACAUUCUGGAAGUUAUCAUAGAUCAGUUUAUUUGAUCUAUUUUGUACUUGGAAUUCAAACGUAAUAUCCCAUAACUACAAGAAGAAGGCAAGAAUAAGUGACGCCAGAAUGUACCAGAGCUUGGCCUUAACCUCAAAUCAGUCUCCAUAUGCGCACGACACUGGAAACUACAUCCACGCCUCGGCCGGUUCUCCGGUUUACGUGCCCACCACCCGUGUACCUGCCAUGUUACAGACUCUGCCGUACUUGCAGACGUGCGACUCUGCUCAUCAGUCGCAUGGCCUCGGAGGGCACCAUGGCUGGCCUCAGACUGGCACGGAUAGUUCGUCAUUCAACCCAGGCAGGCCGCACCCACCCCCCGAGUUCUCCUACGCACACAGUCCCCCUGUGAGCAGCAGUACUGGCAGAGAUGCAACAUACCAGAGCCCGCUCGUUCUGAGUAACGGCGGAAGGGCUGAUCAGUACAGCAGUUCUCUGGUGCGCUCAGUCGGAGGGUCCUACUCGAGCCCCUAUGCGGCGUACAUGAGCCCGGAGAUGGCGACUUCUUGGACACCUGGACACUUCGAGAGCGGCAUGAUCAGCCUCCAGGGAAGGCACGGAGCUCUUCAGGGAAGGAGGUCCAGCAUGGAAAUGUUGGAUGAGAUACCGGGUGAGGGGCGCGAGUGCGUGAACUGCGGUUCGAUUUCCACCCCUCUGUGGCGGCGAGAUGGCACCGGACAUUACCUGUGCAACGCUUGUGGUCUGUACCAUAAAAUGAACGGCAUCAACCGGCCACUGAUCAAACCACAGAAACGCCUGCAAACCACCUCCAGGCGAGCUGGACUUUGCUGCACCAACUGCCACACCAGCACCACAACGCUAUGGCGUCGUAACGCAGAGGGAGAGCCCGUCUGCAAUGCCUGUGGCCUCUACAUGAAGCUGCAUGGGGUCCCAAGACCACUAGCAAUGAAGAAGGAGAGCAUUCAGACCAGGAAGAGGAAACCCAAAAUGGCCAAAUCUAAAACAUCAUCAGGAUCGUCUGCCUCUGGCACCAGCUCCCCCUCCUCCAUGUCAGUCUCAGAAAGUGCUUCCACUAUUAAGAGUGAGCCCAACAUGGCCCCUUCACCCUAUGCUGGACAGACCAUGGUUUCUGUCUCUCAGGCAUCAUCACAGCUGGACAGUAUGACCUCCGGACAUACGGACAUCAAGUAUGAGGAUUACCACUUCACACCCACAUCAAUGGCCCCUCAGAAUUCCUGGUGCGCCUUGUCCCUGGCAUGAUCCCACAAAAUCAACACUCAGUUCUGGAACAUCCACUCUACCCAGGGUGUUCUGGAUAUGGACUUAUGACGAGAACUACCUAUUACUGACUGUGUCUUUCCCAGAGGGAGAACAGGAAACAAGAAGGAAUUAUGGCAAUUUAUUUGGAAAAUUUGAAGUAAGAAUACACAUUUGUAUUGACAAUUAUCAAAUCUUUUUAUCAUUGUUGUUGGUGCCUGUGGUAUGUGCAUUUGGUACAUGGCUUUGCAAAGACACUCAGCAUCACAGCAAGUUAUUACAGUGUGAUAAUACAAAAAAGUGCAAUGAGGGAAAAAACUGUGUAUUACCUCUGAACCUGCUUCAUUAUUCAAAUGUAAAUAAUUAUAAUUGUAAAGAUAUAUUUAUGUUGAGAUAAGGGCAGUCAAGACAUAAAGAUGUUGGAGUGUCAUAUUCCAUGAUUGUAUUUAAACUUUCUUAGAGAAGUUUCAAGCAGUCAAGGAGAAGAUUCUGAAAGAAUAGCUUUUGCUGAUUAAUUUUAUUCUUAACAAUUUAUCCAGCAAUUUUAAGUGCAAUGACUAUCUUUUCAGGAAUAAAGUGAAAAGGGGCAAGAUUAAUAAUAGAUAGUUUUUGUUUGGAAUAUGUUAACCUAAAUUCAUUUGCUGCAUUAUAUUGGACUGCUUUUUUUGCUUAAAAAAGUCUGAAGAUCUUGGAUCUGGGUUCAAGAAUGUCCGCCUCUCUGACUGCCUCUCUUGUUUGUUUGCAAUGCUCUUUAAAAUCUGUUUAGGUAAAUAAAUAAAUUAAUAAACCGUA